CCGUGAGGCUUUUACACCGCAGAGUCGCUGCUGCUGGCUGAUGUGCCGGAAGCGAACUUGUUCCUCGCACGAAUAGUCGCGCUAGUGAUUUUAACUGCUAGAAGGUUUCGUCUUUAAUUUACGGAUGGUGAAAUCUUCUGCGGAGUUUUUGUUGAAUAGUAAUUGUUUUAGUUGUCAGAAAAGACCCGACGAGCCGUGUUUCCUCGAAGCGAUCAUGCUGAACACCGAGAAAAGUUCCUGGUUAGCGGGCUCUCGGCUGCCCAGCUCCAUCCCUCAGUCUCCGGGGCCUCUGUGGUGCUCCGAUGCCCCUCACCCACAAGUGAAGAUCCCGGGUGGGCGAGGGACGGUCAGGGAUCACUCUCUCGGCGUGCUACUACACAAGGAUGAGAAGUUAACAGUGACACAGGCCACUCCGGUGGGUGGGAACCCCCCACGUCUCCGCUUCCACUACCAGCUGAGUGAGCGCCGCUCGGCCUCCUGGGAUACGGCUCUAUCACAAGACAGCCUGUUCCUGGAGAUCCCUGCCGGGCCGCUGGUGGAGGGGAGCAAGGAAGGGCUAACUGCUUUGCUCGAGUUUGCUGAGGAGAAGCUCAAAGUUAACUAUGUGUUCCUGUGGUUCCAUAAAGACAGAGAGGAUCGAUUGUCCAUCAUCAAGACGUUCCACUACAUGGGCUUUGAGAUGGUGAAGCCAGGAAACCCUGUGGUACCGGCCCGGGCUGAUCUGGCCUUCAUGGUUUACUCUCUGGACAGCAGCAGCUCAGACGAGGAGUGACUGCCACACCAUCUCCUAACACCUCCCUCUCCCACCCUUACUCCCCUCCCUCACCCAAACUGUUUUCUUUCUCAAGCAAACAAAUCUGCUUCGACUCUGACACAAACCCCUCCUCCCCCUCAGAAACCCUUCAUCACCGACUUGGGAGGUGUCAGCCUUUUUCUUUCUUUUUCUUUUUUUAAUAGAACUGUGAUUUAAGGGGGAGUUUGGAAGUGGUAGGAUUUCCAUGAGAUACAAACACCCCCAGCUCCCCCUCUCCCUUCCCUAACUGCAGAUUGGAGAAACGGGGAGUGACGUAGCUUGAACCAAGUCAUCACGUUCAUUUUUUUAAUUUCUCCUGCUUCUCGUGGCCACAUGACUUGUUUGUGGUGCCAUCGACAGGACAAACAUCUGUUUGGCAUUCAGGAGAAGGUUUGGGGAAGGGAGGGAUGUUGCAUUAAAAUUCAGCAUAUCUCUCCUCUGACAGCUUCUACCUUUUUUUUUUUUUUUUUUUUUAAAUAAGGAAAAAGACUUUGGUUGUCUGCGUGUGCUGUGUACCAUACAAGCAGUGUUUGCAGGGCUACAAAGAGGGAAUUACGGGUUUGGUAUGGUCAAUAAAAUGUUGUUUUGCUUUUAUAUAGUAUAGGUGGGUGAAAGCCUGAUGUGUUGCAUUUAACAGUAAAGCACAUGUAAACAUUAACACUUCUUCCUGACACACGUUAAGGCAUCAUUCCAGCACGUCUCGCAGCGCUCUUAGGUCAGUUCUCAUCUGCCCAGAACAGUCCAGCCACAGAUGUGGAAGAACCCUGUCGCUCUCUCCAGACGUGUCAAAGCUAAGAAGCAGCCUGUAUGUUGAAUGUCACAACAGUGUAGCUGCCAGCUCGCCGAGACGAAAACACACACACACACACACACACACACACACCCUCCUCCCCUGUGCAGUAAUGAGCCUGUCGAGCUGACCAUGUGAGGUAUUGACCAGCUGGGGAGGAGGACACGACCUCGCUGUUGUUUCACUUUGCACGUCAUACACAGUUGUUGUAAUUUUUUUUUCUUUUUUUUUUUGUCAUUUUAAAGAACAUAAGCUGAAUAAUUGUUGGUGUGAUAUGGUCAAAUGUAAACAGAAGCUCUUGAAUCUAGCGAAGCUUUAGGCCCCAGUUUGUGCUUCUCAUUUAUUGUUACAAUCAAGUCAAGCGUCUGUUAAAAAUAAAUAACUGGUGAUUGUUGAAAAACCCAGCACUUAAUUUUGUUCAAAAGUUGUUUCAAGAAUCUUCAUGGACUUUAUCUCUAACAUCGUUCCGGAUAAGUUGUGGACAGAUUUCUUAAGCAGGUUGCUGGAAAUGAUUAAGCCCUCGCUCUGCCUGUACAACCCGAGAAACUGACGAUUUUUGUAUGAAGAUAUGAAAUAACACGAGAUGUGGACAGAUAUCGCUGAUAACGGCACCUUUUAUUUUGACAGAAUGUAAUUUCCAGCUACCGACCUCGUGUGCAUCAGGAAAAAGAAACUACUUGGGGAAACAUUUUCAUCUUGCAGCAAACCGAAUAUUGUUUGUUGGAUAUUGACUGUUGUGUAGAUUUCUUCAACCGCGGCCUUCUGGGUUUGUCGAAGGUCACUGAAAUACCCUGUGACUUGAGUAACGGUCAUCAAUGAGAGGCCCAAGCCGGGGCUGGAGAAGCUUCUUUGAGCCCUGUAACAGUUGAAAGCUCCUUUUAAAGUGAGGCUUUUUGUGCCUAAAAGAGAAGAGUGCAAUGUUAAUAUGUUUUUUUGUUUUUUUUACUCUCCAGUCUUAUCAAGGAAUGUGUCCGUUUUCCACACUUAAUCCCACGCAGAUUCAGACCCAUGCUGAUCUCAUUGUAGGGGUACAACAGGAGCGCUCCAGGUGAUUACUGUAUAUGCAAUUAGAAUCUAAGCACAGGAUGAAUCCUGUCUAGCUGUAUUUUAUUAUUAUUAUUAGUUUUUUUUUUCUUUUGUAGUCUUGUGGUUUUUAGUCAACAAAACGCCAAAGAAUCCAUUCUGUGUGUAAACGUGCCGUCAGCUUUGAACAUUCAGCUAAUUUAAGCCUGGUAUGUAAAGCAAUAUUAACCUACAUUCCCCAUGCCAGCCAUACUACCUGUUAACACCUCAGAGAAACGCGAUCGUCGUCUGUUCCACGUUGGUGUUGGGAUGGGGUGGGUGCUUUUGGUUUUUUCCCCCUCUUCUGCAUGUGUUCAGAUCGUUUGAGUCUUCGUUGCUACUGAUUGAGCCCUGACUGUAAGCUGUUAGGAAAUGUCAAUAUAUGAAUUUUCUCAGAGGUCUAUUUUUAUGUAUGUAUAUUUCUCAUAUGUUUACUGUGAUAGUUUAGGGAUUUUUUUUUCCUUCUCGGUGACAUAGCAACCAUUCAGUGACAAUCCGUACUUGUAUACUUUGGAAAUUUUUGUCUUGGGGGCAGGGAAAGACAAUAAAACUUGUUAUCUAAAUGGGA